GGGGCAUGCCUGUGUAACCGCUCCUCUCUGCAUUCCUCAGAUUCUUAUUCUGCUGGAGACUGGAGUGAAGACGGGGUCUGAGGUCCCUGGUGGAGGAAGGAGGCGAGGAGGAGGAGGAGAAGGAGGUUUCCCUUGGCCUCUAAGCUGCGAAACCGGAAAACCAAAGCAUGUCACAGGUGAUAGAAUCCCACGUGUUGCGUGUUGGACAGACUGUGUGUAUUUCCUCACCGGAGGAGAGCGAGAGCCUGCGCCCGCCGGGGUACCCGGGCUGCUCCGUGCUGCCGGCCAAGUACGUCUACUACUCCACAGAGGCCUGGACUGAUCCCCACUCCAUGGUGCGUCCCAAGGCUCCCCUGCUCCCCAGCACCAGAGCGUACGGAGCCCAGCCCGUGUCGGAGCACCUGGCUGCUCACACACAGGGGAAGAACCAGCAGAAUUCCUCCUUGGAGAGAGCCCCUGCCCCGCGCCAGCUGAGCGGGGAGGAGAACACCCGCACGGAGCCCGAGGUUCAGCCCAUGUCUCCCUCCCUGGACAUAACCAUAGAGACCCUCAACCAGAUGAUCCUAGAGAUCGAUCCGACCUUCCAGCCGCUGCCGUGCAGGCCGGUGGAGGAUGCAGCCCAGCCUGCUCAGGGCGGCACUGCAGCCACCGAGAAGCCGGACCCGGAGGCAGUAGACAUCAAGUACAUAGAGCUGACACUGGGCAGAGCCACGGGGCCCGACCAGCCACGGGGCACCCCCAGCCCUUCGGGCACCCCCUUCUCCAGAUCCCCCCAGGCCAACAGCUUCCUGCCCCAAAAAGGGGUGCUCGGAGGCAAAUACAGCACCAGUGACAGCGUGGUUUUCUCCAGCCCACCCGGACCCUCCAGCCCACAGUCGGCCGCCCUGAGCUGCAGCACCAGCAUGCCCUGGCAGUGCCUGGCAGGACACACGGACACAGUCUCCCACAGCCCCGGGGCCCUUAGCACCUCCCCAGGUGCUGACAAUCUGCUGAAGCCCUUGCAGGUGUUGAGGGCCCGGCAGAGGGGCAGUUGGGUGUCCCAGCUCUCCACGAGCCCUGGCUCUGACACCAGCUACAUCCUGGGCAGCAGCACCCACUCGCUCCACAACGAGGACUCGGAUGCUUCGGCCACUGCCUCCCCGUCCCCCAUCAGCUCCCUGGGAAGCCCCUGCUCUCCUUCCUCUGCCAUCGUGUCUCACUCCAGGGAGGCUUUUGGCCAGAGCCCCGCACAGCCCCGGGCAGGCAGCUCCCCCAGCACCUCCCUGGGCCAGAAGGGCCAGGCCAGCAGCUGCCCCCCCUCCAUCCUCACCUCCGCUGCCGACAUCCCGGUGCUGCUGGUGAACGGGUGCCUGGAACAAGGGGAUGGACCCCCUCGGCUGGCCAAAGCCCCCCCCAGCUGUGGCACACAGCCCCCUGUGCCCGGCUGCAGCCCAGCCUUGAGGCUCGGUGGCCUGAACAAUGCGCUGUCAGCGCCAGCACUCAGCUGCCUCUCGGACAGUCCCCUGAAGGCAGGGCAGCCCACCAUGAAGUUUGUGAUGGACACUUCAAAAUACUGGUUCAAGCCAAGCAUCAGCAGGGACCGAGGUGAGGCAGGAAAGGCUCCACGGGUGUGA